AUGGGCUGGAUCCGCGCCAACAACACAGCAUCCGCAAAGCCAUUUGGCGAGCCAGAAGCCAACGAGAAGACCGAGUCAGAUGCCGAACAUAUCGAGAUAACAGAGGACGAGUCGAAUAACGACAAGGCAUACCCCAUUCUUUCCAAACGAGUACCAGAAAAGGACUUACCUACCAUACCGCCGAAAGAAGUCAAAGAAAAAGAUGGGAAGGAAGGUAGAAGACUCUGGAUCGUCAUCGACAACCUCGUCCUGGACUGCACGUCCUACGUCCGCAGACACCCCGGCGGCCAGCAAAUCAUCCAAGGCUUCGGUGGCCAAGACUGCUCGUGGCAGUGGUGGACGUUCCAUGACCGGAAGAUCUGGAACGAUAUCGCUCUGAACCUCCGCGUGGGCCGAGUGGAAGGCAUCGAAAAUCGACAUCAGAAGCCAAAGGCGUUUGUUGGGUUAAGGGGGUUUGGGUAUCAGGAAGAUUGA